GGCCGUGACGUAGCGGCGGGGCGGAAGUGGCGGCUCCGACCAUGGACGGCAGUGAUGAUAUCGAAGAUGUGUCUCUCUUUGACGCAGAUGAUGAUGCAUCCAGGAGAUCCAAAAAGUCAAAAAUAAGGCACCCAGUGGCAUCAUUUUUCCACCUGUUCUUCCGAGUCAGUGCCAUCGUUGUUUACCUGCUCUGUGAGCUCCUAACCAGCAGCUUCAUUGCCUGCAUGGUGACCAUCAUCCUCCUCCUGUCCUGUGACUUCUGGGCUGUAAAGAAUGUCACAGGGCGGCUCAUGGUUGGCCUUCGCUGGUGGAACCAGGUGGAUGAUGAUGGCAGAAGUCACUGGGUGUUUGAGGCCAGGAAGGUGCCAGCACAAGGGGGUAAGACCUCAUCUGAAGCAGAGUCCCGAAUUUUCUGGCUGGGCCUGAUCACCUGCCCCAUGAUCUGGGUGAUCUUUGCCUUCAGUGCUCUGUUCUCCUUCAAAGUGAAGUGGUUGGCAGUGGUGGUGAUGGGGGUGGUGCUGCAGGGAGCCAACCUCUAUGGCUACAUCAGGUGUAAAGUUGGCAGCAGGAAGAACCUGACCAGCAUGGCCACCAGCUACCUGGGCAAGCAGUUCCUGCGGCAGACCAUGGCUACAGAGGACCAGGCAGCAUCCUGAGUGUGGUGGGAGCCUCCAGCCAGGCUGCAUUCCCAGCAGUGACCAGCAGAGAACUUGCUCUGACCAAUUUGGGAGCUGCACACGAGGUGUGAAUCAAAAGAAGUAAAUAAAUUGUGCAAGACUUGAGGUUAACACUCCUGGCAACUUAUAUUCCCUUUUCCACUAGCAGUUUGUGUUUAGGUCUUCUCUUUAGUUUGAUUAACAAGAAUUAAUUUGCUUAAACUUUAAAUCAAAAGAUAACCUGAGUGGGUUUCAUAGAGGUUUAGAGCUACUGGAUGAGUUAAAAAAAAUUUGCUGGAGAUUCUUCAGAAAAGCCAUGUACAAGCCAAGCCUUGGGAGCUCUCCUGCUCCUUCAGCACUUGGUGCCUGGGUGCUUUCAGCUGUGGGCUCUCAGCUUUGGCUCUUGGAGGUUGUUGCUACAGUUUAAGUUGUGAAUUUUUGGCCCUGCAUCCCUCACUGUGUGACUGGAAUGGCUCUGAGUGGCUGCAGUGAGGGGCAUCUGAAGGAAAUGGAGCUGCUGGAAGAUCCCUGAGGUCCCAUGGCAGCUGCAGAAGGUGACCUGUGAGCUGGCCCUGGUUUCUGAAGCCUUCACAGACCUGGAGAACAUUCCAAAUCCCUGGAUCUGGGGGAUCCCUGCAGGGCUGGGCCUGUCUGGAGAGAGUGGAAGAGCAGAAGCAGUUUCCAGAGAAGGCUGCAGGGCUGUGAGAGCAGCCUUGUGUGCCUGGCCUGUCACACUGAGGCCAUGGCCUGUCCUGGAGGGGACCCUGGGGCCAUGGGGCUGCUCCUCAGGCCAGCAGGGUGUGGGGAUGGGGCUUCUUGGCACAGGGUGGCACUGGCAAGGUGUGCUGCCCCUGAGCUGGGGAGGGCCCUGGCUGGGGGCAGUGCUCACAGGGGUGGCACUGCUGUGGCACUGAGCUCAUCCCUGCACUGGGACCAGCUCAGCUCCCUCUCUGGGCUCUGCCCUGGAGCCUGUGCUUCCACAGCAGCAGGUGCUGAAUGUUCUGGGUCAGGAUUGUGAGCGAAGAAUUUACAUGAUGGUUUCUCUCUGACUCCUGUGUGCUGUGCAUUGUGGGGUGGCAUUGCCCUGGUUCCUGUCCCUGUGCUCUGCAGUACUGGCAGCUGUACAUUUGUUUAAUUCUGAUUGAUACCUUCCUUUUGUAAAUAUGUAUUUAUAAAAUCUUGAAAAUAAAAUGCUGCUUUGUUUAACCAG